GACCGUUUACAGGGAUAAAUUCAAUUUUUUCAGGCGCAUUUGUGAGAAGACCAACAGGCAACAGCCGCGAUACCACGGCUGCAACUGCAUAAAGUCCUUGCAGUGAUGUAUCAUACAGCCGAGCCGGGGCGGUGCUGGAUAAGCCAUUUGGGGGCUGCUCGCUAGAGAUCCCAUAAAUAGAGGCCCCUAAAAUGAAUCAGUCCAGAUAUUCUCUUCAACCACGGACAAAGUCACUCGGCCGGUGUAAGAGUCACCGGUCAGUAAUCCAACACAACCCCCUUGCAUAGGUAAAUCAACAACACCAACGUACGCCUCUCAAUUUACAUUCCUUCUCUCUCAACACCCCACCCACAAACACACAAAACACGCAAAAUACCUAAAAUACCAUGGGCCGGUACAGCGAUCAAUGGGACUGGUACGAGUGCGAGUGGUGUCGCGUGAGGGGAAGCUGGACGCAACGACCAUGUCUCCGCGGCCUUUAUCGGUCCAAAGAGACGCUGCGCGCAAAAUGGGAGGCGUGCGAACGCGUGCGCAUGGAGAACGCAGCGAAGCGAAAUAAGACGCUAUCCAAAGCCUACAGGAGGGCCAUGAUGGCGGCAGCCAAGGCCGAGGACAAAGGAGUUCCGGACUACUUGCCUAUCCGUCCGAAUACUGGGGUCUCGAUUUUUGACCGGCUGAGGAAGCUUCAUGUUGAUGAGAGGACGCCAGCUGAGGUGGAUAGUGAGACGGACUCUGGGACAGAGAAGGCAGAGGCGUCGCCGUUGCCCGCUGCAGCCAAGUCAACGCCAAAGCCGAAACAAUAUCACGAGGUCGACGCAAAGAAAACACAGCAGCGACAAGCAAAAUCAAGCACCGGACCAAAACGCAUGAUUGAUGAGGGCGUUAGUCUGGCAUCCGACGACGACGGCGACGUCGCAAGGAUACAUGCCGCGAAUCGGAAAGCGUGGCCACGGGGCCAGGAACCAAUUGCAGCCGAUGCAACCGUCGAGGACAGGGAGAUUGCAGAACUUCUUCGACGCGGACUCAUUGCCGCCGAGGACCUUCAGGUGGACCAUGAUGGUAUUGACGGGGACGAUUACAUGUGUCCGUACACUGUCCGGUUUGUGGAAGCAAGGAAGAAGGGGAGGAAGGGGAAUCAUCGUCGACGACAAGAGGUUCAAGUUGCAGAACCUGCGCCGUCGUACACGGAGUCGGACUGGUGGUAUCUUGAGGACGAAGCGUAUCAUGCUCAGCUUCUCAGCGAUGGGGGGUCGGCCGAGUUGGUGGAGUGGAGCGAAGCGUCGUCGUUUGUAUAUGUGGACUGAUGGAUGAACUGGAAACAGGGCUCGUGUUGCAAAGCGUUCUCCAGUCGUCGCCCACCCCUAACCCUAGCCCAAAUUGAAAACCAAAAUUGCAAUUCA